AUGACUGAAUUCUUCCACCACAUGGCUGAAGCGAUGCAUGAUCCCAACGUGAUUAACUUUGAGAAAAUGAGGAAAAUGGGUGGAGUGGAGUUUGAAGGCACCGUUGAUCCCACAGAUGCUAAACAAUGGCUGGAGCGCAUGGAGAGGGUAUUUGAGCAGUUAAAGUGUUCAGAUGUUGCUAAAUUUAAAUAUGUUAUUUCAUUAUUACAAAGGGAUGCUUACGAUUGGUGGGUAAGUGUUCCAAAUGCCAAGGUAAAACCUCAUGUUCUUACUUGGGAUGAUUUUCUUAGGGAAUUUCGUAUGAAGUAUGUCCCACCUGCUUAUUGUGAUACAAAGAGAAAUGAGUUUUUGAAUUUAAGGCAACAAGGUAUGUCUAUUGCUGAGUACCAACAUGAGUUUCUAAGACUCUCUCGUUAUGCUGGAGGUAUUAUUAAAGAAGAAAAAGACAAGUACAGGAAAUUUGAAGAUGGUUUAAAUGAUUCCAUUAGAAAGAAUGUGGCGAUCCUGCAACAUGAGAACUUUUCUAGCACUACUCCAACUUAUGGCCAAGGUAAGCCUCGUGUUCCCACUUGUCCGCAAUAUGGAAAGAAUCAUUAUGGUACUUGCAGGAGAGCUUCUGGUGCAUGUUUCAAUUAUGGGAGCUUUGAUCAUAAAGUGAAGGAAUGUCCUAAUCUUAAUAAUGCUCUUUCCUUGAGAACUGAAGGCUCAGUUCAUAAGUCUUCUAUUAAUCCUCCUCAAACUAAUAGAGGUGCAAGACCUAAAAACACCCAAGCAGCAGGUACAAGUGGAGCUAAUCAAGCUAGUGGACAAAAGGACUGCUGCACGCGCUUAUGCUAUGAGGCAGAGGGAUGA